AUGUCGUUAUCAAAGUACCACAUUGUUAUUUAUCACGCGGCAAUAUCUCACCAAAAUCCGUACUUCAUCUAUCGCAAGCACUUGGGCGAUGAGCUGGCGUCUUUAGGCCAACAUGUGGGUUUCGGUGAGCUCUCCAAGAUGGCAGCCACCAGGUGGCACGCCUCUCAAGAACUGAGAAACGACUAUAUAUUCAAAGCAGAAACAAGAAGGUGUGAAAAAAGGAGAGGCAAAGUUAGACGGCAAAGAAACGGUCUUAAAUGGUAUGUUUCUACACCAAAGCAACCUCGAGUUUUUAGAAGAUAUGAAGGCGGAAAUUUUGAUAAUGAAAUGAUUAAUAACGAAAGCAAUACAUGUGAAAUUGAAAAAAACGAUACUAUUCUAUUUGUCAACUACUUCAAAACGGCCAUGGCCAAAAAACAUAACAAAAAAAAAGAUGUAACCACUGCAAACAGAAAUAUUUUUAAUGAUACAACUCCAAUGUUUUAUGAAAAUACCCCAAUGUUUUAUGAAAAUGAUGAUUAUGGAAUUCCGUUCUGGUUUUCACCACAACUUUUAGAACCAAGUAGACUUGAAAAUGAGUAA